CACUGCUGGGCUGCACUGAUGGGCACUGGUGGGUGGCACUGGUGGGCACAGGUGGGUGGCACUGCUGGGCAAAGGUCAGUGGCACUUCUGGGCACAGGUGUGUGGCACUGCUGGGUGGCACAGGUGGGUGCACUGCUGGACACAGGAGGGUGCACUGAUGGGCACAGGCAGGGGGAACUGGUGGGUGGCACUGCUGGGCACCGAUCAUCAGGGCACUGAUCCUCAGUGACCUGAUGAUCGCUGCCGGUUCUCGGCAGUACUUUCCUCACUCUCUGACAGCGUGAGGAAAGUGCAGCCAAGAACCGGCAAUUGCAUUUCCCGGUGAUCAGCGUCAACACGGCUGAUCACGUGGUAAAAGGCCGCUGUGA